UGUCAAAUAAUUUUAGUAGUAAUAACCGGGAUAAUCGGCGUAGUAGUCAAGGACCGGGACCCAAGUGUUGGGCUUGUGGUCAGUACGGUCAUAUUAGGUUGGGUUGCAGAGCAGCAUUUAACCAGAAUCGUUCUUUAAACGUUCACAACCUCAGGCCAAGGGAAGCGCCCUGGGGUACUCCACGCAGAGACUUCCCAGAGCGACGUUGAAAUCGAAUUUUGUAGUUGGUGAACCUAAUGAAGCCAAUGUUAAAGUUGAGGGAAAUUGUUGUACUGCACUUUUAGAUACUGGAUCAACUGUGUCUACUGUAAGUGAAGAGUUAUAUAAUUCUAAAUUAAAACAUUUACCUUUACAACCGCUUAAAACUAUGUUGGAUAUAGAAUGUGCUGAUGGUAAACCAUUGCCGUAUAAAGGAUAUAUUGAAGCAGAUUUACAGUUUUCAGAAUUGACAGAUGAAACAAUAACUUGUAUUUUAUUAGUAGUUCCGGUGAGUAGAUAUAAUUCAUUGGUUCCGGUUUUACUUGGAACAAAUGUAUUGACUCUUCUGAUGAAACAAUGUAAAGAUGAACAUGGGAAAUCUUUUCUCCAAAAAGCGAAAUUAACCACUUCUUGGUAUUUAUCUUUUCGUAGUAUGGAUUUAUCAGAAAAAGAAUUAGUCAAACGAGAUUUCAGUUUAGGAAUAGUGAAAAGUGCCUCAGUCAAUAGGAUACUAGUUCGUCCAAAUUCUCGUAUAACGUUACCAUGUUAUGUUGAUAAAAAGUUACGAUACCCGAAGGUGUCGGUGAUGGUACACCCAUGUCAACGUUCCAGUAUUUCAUCUGAUUUAGAUGUUUCUCCAUCCAUAAUGAUGUAUGAUUACAAUAAUACAGAUUAUAUUUCAGUUAACGUUUCAAAUGUGUCUACAAAUACUAUUGUUAUUUCACCCAAAGCUAUUGUGUGUGAACUACAGCCGGUAAAUAUUGAAGAUAACGAAGUUACUUCAGAUGGAUCCAAUGCCUCGGUCUUAAAUAAAGUAGAAAUUGACGAAAGCGAUUUAUCAGAGGAAGAGAUAAUUCAAGAUUCAUUCGAGGAGCAUCUACAGCGCUUAAAUAAGGUUUUAGAGCGUUUACGUCAGUGUAAUUUAAAAUUAGCACCUGAUAAAUGUAGUUUCUUUAAAAGACGUGUAAACUAUGUUGGACAUGUUAUCUCUGAAGCGGGUAUUGAACCAGAUCCAGAGAAAAUUGAGGUGAUCCAAAAAUGGCCACGCCCAUUGAAUUCUGUCGAGGUCGGGAAUAAAGCCAUUUGACAAGGAGUUCAACAAAGAGGUCCAAGUAUUAUGUCGUCGUUUAGAACACUUAAAGCUGAAACAGGGAGUUUUAUAUCGAUCUGUGGAACAUGAAGGGGAGAUAAUUGAACAACUCGUACUUCCAGGUCAUUAUAGGAAAUUAGCAUUUCAGGCUCUUCACGAUGAUCUUGGUCACAUGGGUAGAGAUAGAACUAUGGUAUUAAUGAGGGAACGAUUUUAUUGGCCUGGUAUGGCAAGUGAUGUUGAACUUUGGAUCAAGAAUUGUGAACGUUGUUUGAGACGAAAAUCUCCUACAAAUAUCCGAGCCCCUUUGGUGAAUAUAGAAACUACUCACCCCCUUGAAGUUGUUGCGAUGGAUUUUCUAACACUAGAACCAUCUAAAGGUAAUUAUCAGUAUAUUCUAGUUAUUACAGAUCUGUUCACAAAAUAUGCUCAAGCAAUACCUACACGGAAUAUGACAGCUCGCACAACGGCUGAAGUAUUUUUCAAUAAUUUUAUAGUUCAUUAUGGUUUACCAAGUCGGAUACAUUCUGAUCAAGGAGCUAAUUUUGAGAGUAAAAUUAUUAAAGAAUUAUGUAGUUUAGUAGGUAUGGAUAAAUCCCGCACCACAGCUUAUCACCCGAUGGGUAAUGGGCAGUGUGAAAGAUUUAAUCGGACACUUUUGAAUAUGCUGGGUACACUUACGCCGGAGAAGAAAAAUGAUUGGAAAAUACAAGUAGCACCUCUUGUACAUGCAUAUAAUUGCACACGACAUGAAACCACUGGAUUUUCACCUUUCUAUUUAAUGUUUGGACGCCACCCUCGUCUUCCAAUAGAUUUAGCGUUUGGAGUGAGUCGAGAAGUGUCUAAUGUGUCAUUACAUUCGUAUGUAAAAGCGUUAAAGGAACGGUUACAACGUUCUUAUGAAUUAGCGAUUAAAUCAUCAGAGAAUUGUAAAGAAAAACAGAAGACAAAAUAUGAUCGGAAAGUUAAAGGUAUUCGUCUUGAUAUUGGUGAUCGUGUUUUAGUACGUACUUUAGCGUUUCAGGGAAAACACAAAUUAGCUGAUCGAUGGGAACCUGGCGUUUACAUUGUUGAGGAUCAACCUAAUUUGGAAAUUCCUGUUUUUGUGGUCAGACCAGAGUCUGGGCGUGGACGAUCGCGUACUUUACAUCGAAAUAAUUUGUUAUCAAUCAAUAGCGUUGAACCCGUGUAUUUUCCGACUCCAAAACCGAGAAAGCGAAAAAUAGUAAUUGAGUCUAAAGUAGCUGCGGAAAAAUGUGUUGAAUUAGAUUCAAGUUCUGAUGAAGAAUUUAGUUAUGUGGAAGCCAAUGAUCCUGUAAAUGAGAAUUACCCGGAGGUUAUUCUUACGGGAGGAGGGGAAGGUGAUCAUGAAAUUAUCGAGGAUAUUGUUGAGGGGGAUCACAAUACCGAGAUAUUUCAUGGGGCAUCUAAUGACGCAUCUGUAAGUAAUGAAAAUACUGAGGUAAAAUCAAUUGAAGUUAAUGUUUCAGGUGACGCCGUAGAUAAUAAUCCAAGUCCUCUACCGGCAGAUGUAUCUAUUGAAACAAGACCUCGCCGAACAUGUAACCAACCUCAAUGGAUGCAGAGUGGUGAUUUUGUUAUGGCUCAAAUUAAUAAUCCGUCAGAUUGGUAUGAGAAAGCUAACUAUAUUCAUUCAUUACAUCUUUCAGGUUCUUUAAGCAAAAUGGCUCCAGAGGUUAGUACGGCAUUGUUGUCGUUAAUUACUGGUAAGUAAAUGACGGGACGUCAUUUUUACGGUGGGGGGAAGUAUGUAACAGGGUCAUAUUUUGGGACUCUGUCAAUUAAUGUUGGUGAAGAAUGUCCUGAUCAGUGUCUUGAUUGUUGGAAGUUUUUAAUAAGUGAGUUUAUAGUUUUGGUUGUGAGAUAAUGUAAAUUCAUUAAAAUGUUUUGGGGGAUGGAUUUUCAGUUGUAUGGGUCUGGAAUUGUAUUGUCCGGAUUAUGGUGUUUUAUUUUAGUGGUUGAAAUGUCUUAGUUCUUAUAUGGGUUUACUUUUAAUAUUUUUUGGUAUAGUUGAAAGGAUAACUCGUUGGACUCUUUAUAGUUCUGAAGGUGGUCUCUUUCUGAAAUAUUGUUUAUCAGGUGAUUAGUAAUUCUUUGUCCUGGUUGGUUAUUCAGAAGUUUAGCUGGGAUAAAACUAAAUUACACGCAUGCAUCAGUACCACAUGUUACAGAUUUAGUGAAGGUCAAUACCGGCUCUUUUCCACAAAUGGGUAAGCUAUUUAAUUUAACUUUCUUGUAAUAGAUGACUGCAAGUGGACUGUGAGUUUCAUGAGUGUUUGAUAUAUAAUUAUAUAUGUAAUUCAAAUACUGUAAGGUAAAAAUUGUAGGAUGUGUAGCCAAUAGAACUGUUGGUUACGAAUAUAUGGAUAAUGGCAACUAUUGUAUUUUCAGGGCCAACUUGUCGAGCAUAAAUGUAUUUUGUGUUAUAGUUAUGUGUAGUACCAACAGAAAUGGUGUUUAAUGGUUAUGGUGAAUUGAAAUACAUCUAGAUCGACCAACAUCGACUACGCGCUUACGCGUUUCAUUUAAUUGUUUUAAACUGUAUCAUGUGUCAUUUGUGGAUUAUAUAAACUUAUUUAAACCUUA